ACAACAAACAUGGUGGUUGUGGACGCGGAAGUAAUGUUUACAAGAUAAAUUUUCACAAAAUUUAAACUUUUAACCAUCAAAUUCCCGCUCAGAUAAUCGAGCAUGCCAAAGAAAGGGACUAAGCCUUCCACAGAGGCAGCUAGAGCAGACCAAGAUUACGCAAAUGAGGAGUUUGUCAGCGCGAAAUCUCUAGCCGAACAGUUACGGAAAUACAGCCUCGAAGAUCUACUGACUGAGGAUUCGAAAGCUGAGACGAAAGAAAAUGGAGACGUUGCUUGGUUUCACGGUAAAAUGACUCGAGACACAGCGGAAUAUAUUCUCAAAAAAGGUGGCAUGGUAGAGGGGUUGUUCCUAGUCCGUGAGAGCGCCAAGUCACCUGGAGACUUUGUGCUAUCUCUUGUUCAUGGCAGAAAGCCAAGCCAUUACCAGAUCACGUGCAGUGCUGACACCAUGUUUCAGAUUGACGAGGGACCACUGAUACAGGGACUUGAGCAGUUGAUUAAGUAUUACCAGAGCAGUGCCAAUGGCCUGCCCACUAAACUGACCACUUUCUGUCAUGCCAAGCCACCACCCAUGUCCACUAGAAGAGCUGGACGCUCCAAUAUUUUGCACAGGGCAAUAACAGAAGGAAACAGUGCUGUUGUGAGAAAGAUUUUGAGUAAUUUCAAAUGUCCAGAUAUUGAUUCCAAAAAUGAAAAAGGUUCCACAGGACUUCACAUAGCCAGUUUUCUAGGUCAUGAUGACAUAGUAUUACAGCUACUGACCAAAGGUGCUAAUGUUACAGUGCGGGAUGCUGAUGGCUGUACUGCUCUGCAGAGGGCCUGUGCUGGUAACCACCCAAACACCAUCAUGUUGUUAAUUAAGACUGGUGGCGCAGAUCCCCAGGACCGUUGCACCACCACAGGGUGGGUGCCUCUACACGAGGCGGCCAUGCACGGACACGUCGAGUGCAUCAGGGUGCUACUGGCAGCUAAUGCUCCCUGUCAGCCUCGUAAUGACAGCGGAGACACGCCGUAUCACCUAGCAGUUCAGUACGACCGCCAGGAGUGCAUCAGAAUAUUUGAAGAUUACAAGCCCGCACCCGCCAAAACUCACAAAUCUGAUUGGCUGCAUCGGAACCUAGACAGACAGAGUGCUGUUGGUUUGCUGCAAAGAUGUGGGAUGUCAGAUGGGUUGUUUCUUGUGAGACCGAGUUUGAAACAUCCAGGAGUGUAUGUUCUUACAAUGGCGCAAAAUGGAACCGCUUACAAUUAUGAGAUAAGAAAUGUGGAUCAGACUGGUUACUUCAUAGAUGAUGGUCCCUACUUAGAGUCCCUAGACCAUGUGAUCCAGCAUUACGCCACCAGGGCUGACGGUCUUCCUGGCAGACUGAUAACAGCUAUUAGAUCAGAUGAAACAUUGAAACCAUUAAACAUUCCUCUAUACAGUGCCAAAACAUUAGAUGACUUCUCGCGCCCCUCGCUUCCUCCUCGUCCCUCGGAUCUUGCAGGACAAGAUCAGUUUCCAGGUACUGGGAAUGGUGAUGUCCCACCACCAGCGCCCCCUAUUGAGACAAUUCCAAAACUUGGCUUGCAGAAAAUGUUGUCGAAGUCCCAAGAACUGUUGUCCUCGUCUCCUCCACCUCCACCACCAGCCAUCAGUAAGAUACCCAAGAGAGGAAUAAUGGUGAAUAGAACAAAAUCUGUGGAUGACACUGAUGAUUUGGGUCGUCCUGGCACACCCCCUGUGCUGCCACCUGGUGACAUGUUGCCUAAACCUCCGUCAACACCAGAGCCAGAUGAAGAAGACAAGAGGAAACCCGUCAAGAUGGAGAGAAAGAAGAAGGUUUGGGCCAAGCAAAGGGCAGCAGAACAGGAAGAAAAAGUAUUAAACUUAAUAGAACCAAAGAGAAUCAAAUUACGUCAUGAGCUGGGUCAAGGAGAGUAUGGGUCAGUCAUGAAAGGAGAGUGGACCAACCCCAAGGGAAAGAAGGUUGAGGUAGCAGUGAAGACACUCCAUGAAGAUAACAUUCAGUCUGGCAAACAGGAGUUCUUACGAGAAGCCAAAGUGAUGUACGGACUGAAGAAUGAGUGUAUAGUACAGCUAAUUGGGGUAUGCGAGGGUCCUCCUAUGAUGCUGGUACAAGAGCUGGUUCCUAUGGGCUCUAUGCUGGACUUCCUGCUGGACUACCCACACAAGAUCAGGAUCAAAGAGGACUUGGAGCUGUGGGCAGCUCAGAUAGCAUGUGGUAUGAAAUACCUGGAGACCAAGGGGUUCGUACACAGGGAUCUGGCUGCCAGGAAUAUUUUGUUGGCGUCGAAAAAACAGGCCAAGAUCAGCGACUUUGGGUUAUCAAGGGCAGUUGGGGCUGGCAGUGAUUACUACAGGGCUUCUGCAGGAGGGCGGUGGCCAGUGAAAUGGUAUGCGCCAGAGUCUGUGAACUAUGGUACAUUUUCCCAUGCUAGUGAUGUGUGGAGUUAUGGCGUCACUCUGUGGGAAAUGUUCUCAUUUGGAGAGCAACCCUAUGGAGAGAUGAAUGGGGCACAGGUGAUAGCACUAAUUGAAAAAGGUGGUCGUCUUCAGAUCCCAGAAAGGUGCCCUGAGAAGGUGUAUGACAUCAUGUUGCAGUGCUGGGACUAUGACGACAAGAACAGACCCACUUUUCAACAACUCAAUGAACAUUUUGCAAUGGACCCCGAGUAUGCAACGACUAGAGACUUGGUCAAGGGAAGAUGAUAGAGGAACUGUUACCAUGGCAACAGCGUGAAACUUGGUCAGGGGAUGAUGAUAAUAAUGAAACUGUUACCAUGGCAACAGCCAGAGACUUGGUCAAGGGAAGAUGUCAGAGGAACUGUUACCAUGGCAACAACUUCAUUGUACACAGCCUAGUUCAUGGCUGUCAAAUGUGGGUGCUAGUUAUAAGUGAUCAUGGCUUGAAAAAAAGUCCCAGAGAUUCUAUACAAGUAGGUUUUAGCUCAACAUUUUUAUCUCCGUUUCACAUGCUUCCUAGAGGAAUAUUUGAACAUUUAAACCACUAGUCUAUAGUUAACCAGUAAAUAUCAUACAUACACAAGAAAAGUAUUUCUAAUUGAUAGGUAUACUGAAAAGAAGACAAUGAUUUUGCCACUGAAGGAUCAUCAGGGUAUCAAUAAGUCAUAUUAUUUUACAAGGAAGUGCAUUGGCAGAGAGUAUUAUGUGUUCUUUGAUAAAAUGAUACUGUAAGAUGGUGGAGCAGCUACUAAAAAAAGACAUUAUUUGAUAUCUGGAAAGCAGGAUGCACUGAAACAUACUGACAUGUAUUUGUUUGAUGUAUGCAAAACGUGAGCUUCUUUCAAAAAAAAAAAAUUGAUCCAUAUUUCUAGUGAUUAGUUUACAUUUAAUGAAUGGGCUUUCGUAUGUCAUAAACAAAGCUUUCAUUAGCAAAUAUACCUUCAGAUUAAAGGGUUUCUUUUGAAUAUACAUAUUUUCUGUCCAUAUAGUUUUUAUCAUAAUUACAUAGAAAUAACUUUAAAGUUCUCUGCCAGGACGUAUGUGAAUUUUAACAUCAUUGCUUGUAUUCUGAUGUUUUUAUAGUUUGUAUCAAACAUGCUUUCAAGUUAUUUCCCUAAUAUAAUGUAGUUUACAGAAGGGGAACAGCUUUUAGUAGAGUCUUUGUCCACUUGAUAUUUUAUUUUUUAUAUAUUAUGAUUUCUUCAUUGGGGGAA